CGGGUUCAGAAGAGUUGUUGGACCGAGGUUCCGCUGAGAUUCGCAGCACAGUUUCUUUGCUGUCUAAAUGAGCGGUCAUGAAACUUGCGCUGACUGUGUUCCUCCUGUCUGCGCUCUGUCCGCGGACCAGCGGCGAAGAGGCUCAGACCGCCGCAGAUCAGCUUCUAGUCCUGACAGUUGCAACCAAAGAGACUGAUGGAUUCAGGCGUUUCAUGAGGACAGCCAAACACUUCAAUUACACUGUCAAGGUCUUGGGUCAGGAUGAGGAGUGGAUGGGGGGUGACUACAUGUCAUCUCCAGGUGGAGGACAGAAGGUGCGACUACUUAAAGCCGCUUUGGAUGAGAUGAAGGAUGAUAACAGAAUCAUCCUGUUUGUGGACAGCUACGACGUGGUUUUCGCCUCAAGUCCCAAAGAGCUGCUCAAAAAGUUCCAGCAGGCCGGACACAAAGUGGUUUUUUCGUCCGAGAGUCUGAUCUGGCCAGACAGACACCUGGAGGACAAAUAUCCUCAUGUCAAGGAGGGCAACAGGUUUCUCGGCUCAGGAGGUUUCAUCGGCUUGGUUGCCAACGUCAGGGAGAUGGUUUCCUCUUGGACUGGAGAGGACGGCGACAGUGACCAGCUCUUCUUCACCAAUAUUUAUAUCAACCCGGAGAUGAGGAAAUCCCUCAACAUCACAGUGGACAGCAAAUGCAGACUGUUCCAGAACCUUCAUGGGUCGCUUGAUGAGGUGGUGCUGAAGUUUGAGGACGGACAUGUACGAGCCAGGAACCUACUGUAUGACACCUUGCCAGUCGUCAUUCAUGGCAAUGGACCCACCAAGCUUCAGCUCAACUAUCUGGCCAACUACAUUCCCAACACAUGGAGCUUUGAGUCGGGAUGCACGGAAUGUCAUGAGGAUCUACGCCCACUCUCAGAUGUUCAGGAAAGUGAGUACCCUCUGGUUUGGAUUGGAGUCUUCAUCCAGCAGCCCACUCCCUUUGUCACCGUCUUUUUUGAGCGUCUCCUGAAGCUGCAGUAUCCCAAAGAGCGACUCAAGCUUUUCAUUUAUAACAAGGAAGUUCAUCAUGAGCCAGCGGUGGCUUCUUUCCUGCAAGAUCAUGGAGGUCUUUAUAAGGAGGUGAAGCUGACUGGGCCGGAAAGUCAGUUAGACGAGGCUUCAUCUCGUAACCUGGGCUUUGACACGUGCAGGAAAGACCCAGACUGCGAGUACUUCUUCAACCUGGACAUUGAGGUGGUGUUGAAGAACGAAAACACCAUUAAAACUCUCAUUGAACAAAACCUUCCCAUCGUGGCUCCACUGAUCACUCGGACUGGUCGUCUCUGGAGUAACUUUUGGGGGGCUCUCAGCCCUGAGGGCUUCUACGCCAGGUCUGAAGACUAUGUCGACAUCGUCCAAGGUCGACGAGUGAGCGUAUGGAAUGUUCCAUAUGUGUCCAGCGUCUACCUGAUGAAGGCACACCUCCUGCGAUCUGAGCUCCUGGACCCUGAGCUCUUCUCCUCAAACACCCUGGACCCUGACAUGGCCUUCUGUCACAAUGUUCGCAGCAAGGGAGUCUUUAUGUUUGUCACCAACAUGCACAGUUUCGGCCGCAUUCUCUCGACGGAAAACUACGUGACAGGGCAUCUUCAUAAUGAUUUGUGGCAGAUUUUUGAGAACCCUCAGGACUGGGAGGAUCGCUACAUCCAUGAGAACUACACAAGCAUCGUGAAAGACAAGCUGGUUGAAACUCCUUGCCCGGACGUGUACUGGUUCCCAGUGUUCAGUGAAGUUGCCUGCAACCACCUUGUGGAGGAGAUGGAAAAUUUCGGGAAAUGGUCGGGUGGAGGUAAUAUGGACAACAGAAUCCAGGGAGGCUACGAGAACGUGCCGACCAUUGACAUCCACAUGAACCAGAUCAAUUAUGAGAAGGAAUGGCAGCAGUUCUUGCUGGAGUACAUCGCACCUCUGACGGAGAAAAUGUAUCCCGGCUACUACACCAAGGCCCAGUUUGACUUGGCCUUUGUAGUUAGAUAUAAGCCCGACGAGCAGCCGUUUCUCCGGCCGCACCACGAUGCCUCCACUUUCACUAUAAACAUUGCGCUCAAUGAGCGCGGCACUGAUUACGAGGGCGGCGGAUGUCGGUUCCUGCGCUACGACUGCUCUGUGAAAUCCCCCCGAAAAGGCUGGGCCCUCAUGCACCCCGGCCGUCUGACCCACUACCACGAAGGCCUGCCCACCACGGCGGGCGUCCGGUACAUCGCUGUGUCCUUCGUGGACCCCUGAACAUGACGGAGGAAGCCUGUCCACUUUUUCCACACUGUGCCUUCUUUUGCGCUUCAACUUGGAUGGCCAGAGCGUGCGGACCCUCAGAGAGAGCAUCAGUUGACUUCAGCUUCGUUCCUCAUAUUGAGGCAGGUGGUUGACUGAACACUUCCAGCGACACCUCUCUGGCUGUCCCACUGCUGGAGCCUUGAAUCAUCCCAUUUGAUCCAUAGUCCUGACACUCCAAGCCAAAGAUUGUCUUCUUUUUAUUUAUUUUCUGUUCAGCAGAAACAGUUUCCCGGAAGAUGACGACUCAUCUUCACAAAAUGUAAUAAAGCACAACUAUUUAA